CGGCAGGCAGUCGCGAUGCUGCUACUCUCCUGCGUGUUGGUGGCGCUGCUUUGUGCAGCGGGCGGACAGAAGGACCCAAACGUCGCGUCGGACAGAAGUGCUAUCGUUCAUAUCUUCGAGUGGAAAUUUGACGAUAUAGCAGCAGAAUGUGAGAAGUUCUUGGCCCCCCAAGGCUACGCUGGAGUGCAGGUAUCUCCAAUUAACGAAGUCAUCAUACUAAACGUCACGAACCGCCCCUGGUAUGACAGGUACCAACCAAUCUCCUACAGAAUCACCAGUCGUUCUGGGGAUGAGGUGGCCUUCAGGUCCAUGGUUCACAGAUGUAAUCACUUCAUUGUCAGGAUCUACGUUGAUGUGGUUAUGAACCACAUGUCCGCUAAUUCAGGCGACGUCACAGGAACAGGCAACAGCAGGGCCUACACGGCUGACUUCGUGUAUCCGGCUGUCCCUACGGCCCUGGAGACUUUCACAAUCCAACCUGCUGCAUUCAGGGCGAUGACUAUGGGAACAAUGCUACUGAAUCUCGAUGUUAAGUGCUUGCGCUGGCUGCGAGAGCACCCAUCUACACUUCACUAUGUGGUGCUGGACGCGCAGCUCACCCGAACCAUCAGUGGGGCACAUGCGCAGACAGGGAUAAGAGCCCAGGUCAGGGAGUCUGAGCUGAGUGGACCGCAUGACUUCAGUCAAACGACGCAGGAUGUCAGAGAGCAGAUCAUAGAUUUCUUGAAUUAUCUCGUGGAUGCAGGAAUAGCGGGUUUUAGAGUGGACGCCGCCAAACACAUGUGGCCACAGGACCUGCAGUACAUCUACAGCCACGUCAAGAAUCUGAGCACAGUUCAUGGAUUCCCGCCGCAGACAAGGCCUCUUAUCUACCAGGAAGUCAUUGUCUAUGGAGGAGAGGCUGUUAAGAGGGGAGAAUAUACUAGUCUUGGGAGGGUUACAGAGUUCAACUAUGGCACUUACUUGGGACAAGGAUUUGCCGGAGAUUUCCCUAUCAGCCACUUCUACAAUUUUGGAUCAGAAUGGGGGAUGCUGGAUGGCGGCGAUGCUCUCGUGGUUGUGGAUAAUCAUGAGUACCAGCGCGGCUCUGGUGGCGGGGAGCGAACAUUCUCACCAAUAAACAAACAAAACUGCACAAGGCUAAAUGUUCCAGGAACAUCAGUGACGAACUGGUGGGAUAAUGGAAGCCAGCAGAUCGCUUACACCAGAGGUAACCUCGACUUCAUCGCGUUCAAUGACCAGUAUAACACUGACCUCAACCAGACGAUACAGGUGGGCGGUCAGUGGCCUAAUUACAUUGCGACCCAGAAGCGUAAUAAAAUUACAUCAGAGGAUAGUACAGAAAAUAUCCCUCCACACUGUGACGUUCCCCUGUAUGACUGCCACCCAUUUGGCUGGUCUGUAUUGCAGACAAGUCUACCCGGCGGGACCUACUUUGACGUCAUCUCGGGGGAGAAGCAGGGUAGCUUCUGUACCGGCAAGAUCGUUUCCGUUGAGCCAGACGGGACGGCGUUCAUCCAGCUCCCGGCUUCUGAAAACGACGGCGUCCUAGCAAUUACCGUGGAGGUGUGUGCUUAUAAACACUUUGCACUGACGUAUAUAAACAAACCCCCAGAUUCAAGGAUUCCCUAGCUGUUUAACCUGCGCCGCAUUAUUUCAGUGGCUUAUUUAACGACGUUUUCAAAGCGCAUGUUAAACCGAACGUCGCGGCAGAGUAGGCGUCGUUUCGGAGUUGAAAUCUACGAUAAGAGAACUGUUACUCUGGAACUCUUCUUGGGUUUUCCCAGUCUCUUUAUGAAAAUGGCUAAAUAGCAGCUAAUUUUAGACCAUGGCCGUUUCCUUCCACAUCUUUUCCAAUUUGGAUCUUCCUACCAUUCCAAGCCAAAUAAUCUGAACCCUUCAGGGCGUCGUUAAAUGAAUUGCAAACACCCGAGAACAUUGGCUGUAAGGUACGUGUGAUAAUGAGAUUGGCAAGCCUGUUUCCUAGUAACGCCUGUAACUAACAUACAAUGAAAUGUGAAUUGUCUGUUUCAGUCAAAGCUGUGAAACCUGAAAUCGGUGUUCAGACUACAGGAUGUUUCAGAAGACAUUUACCUUGAUCUGAUAUAAUAACGUAAUAUUGUGCUAAUAAAGCGUGUUCGUUGGAAUAGUACCAAAAAAUUACUUUUGUACAUAGAACCAGAAGGCCGAUGACUGUCAUCAAAGCAUUCCUUUCUUAAAAAUAACGGAAGCCUGAUGAAUGCCAACACAAAAUUCCGUGUCACGUGUAAACAUAAUGUUUAUAACUGCCAUAUAAUCCUCAGUUCAUUAACACUAGGGACCGGAUUUUAAUGCAAAUGCAUAUUUCUUUCUUGCAACCAGAAAUUAU